ACAGAGUACAGCCUGUGUGUUGAUGGGAGAUGCAGAGGGAAUGGAGGUUAACAGGGCUCUGCUAUGCCAGCUCAAAAGCCUGUAGGAAUACAGCAUAGCCCCGUGAGGACACAACUGGCUGUAUAUAGAAGCAGAGACAAACGUCAAGUUUUAAUCAGCUGUUGGGGAGCAAAGUGCGUGAUAAGUGGCUGCGCGAAGAGCAGUACUUUAAUUCAGUUGUUCUAAAGAGGACAUCAGAUUUUCAGUGGUUUUGCACAAAACAGACUGUAGUAUACAUCUUUGUUUAUUGUUGAAUGUUGUCACUGUUAUAAAAUGAACUGCAAGAUUUUUAGAGCAGCUUAGUAUUUUUCGAUUACACAGCAUUCUUUGUAGCAUCAUUCCAGAAUAGCCGUCUUCAGUUUUGUUAUUUAAAAAAGAUUUUGAAUGUUGAAUGUUUAAAGUCACAAAAAGAUGCAUAAAUAUCAUUAUUUAUGAAGUUAUGUCUAUGUAAGGAAUGACUAGUCUUGCAUCAAUCUAGAUCUAAAAAAUAUUUAAUAUAAAAGAAUAUAAUUCAAAUGCCAUGGAGCAACAGAUAAUAUUGGCAUUAGUUAAAAUUGUAGUUAUGUUUGCACCAAUAAACUAGAAUAUGUAAAAGAAUCAAAUCCAUCACCUUUAAUUAUUGAAAGUGGUAAAAAGCAUCUUGCUGUUGUAGUUAGCUGUAGCGGGCAUGUCUUUUUGAAACAAAUGCUGAAUUUCUUGAUAACAUGGUGAUGAGCAGCAUACAAGAUCUUCCUGCAGAAAAUAUUUCAUUCACAAUUUUCAAACUGAAUGGUUUCUAUUCUUUGGGAGAAUGGCGGCGUUUUCUGUUCAUCCCAUAUUUCUUUAUGUUUGUAUUGUCUACUGUGUCAAACUCUAUUCUCAUAUAUUUAAUCAUAACCCAGAGAGCUCUGCACUCUCCGAUGUUUGUAUUAAUCGGUCUAAUGGCUGUCGUAGACUUGUUUAUGCCAAUAUUUUUUGUACCAAAUAUGCUGCUCAGCUUUUUAUUUGACUGGAAUAAGAUUUCACUUGUGAACUGUUUGAUGCAAAUAUUUUUCAUUCAGUAUGUUGGUGCUUAUCAAUCUACUUUACUGAUGUGGAUGUCUCUGGAUCGGUUCUUUGCUAUAUGCAGACCUCUUUCUUAUCACAAUUAUACGCAAACAUCCAAUUUCCUAAAGUUUAUUAUUGGUCCAGUAAUUAGAAAUACACUCUUAAACGUUUCAGUGGUUUCUUUGGCUGGAAAACUAAAUUUUUGUAUGAAGAAUGAGAUAGAUCACUGUUUUUGUGAACACAUGGGAUUGGUCCAGCUAGCAUGUGGAGAUACUUCAACUAAUAACUUACUAGGGCUUGCAACUGCUCUUCUAAUAGCAACUACAGAUUUUGUUUUUAUUACUAUAUCUUAUGUAAUAAUAUUUGCUUCUGUAAUGAAAUCAGGCAAGUCCAGCAUGAAGGCCAUCAACACUUGUAUUACACAUAUAAUCGUCAUCACAUUUAGUUUAGUAUUUGCCUUGACAGCUUUUUUUUCAUAUAGAAUUAGAAAUAGUUUUUCUCCAAACAGCCGUAUUUUCAUUAGUACAAUGUACGUACUUUUUCCAAGUUGUUUCAAUCCAGUUAUUUAUGGAAUAAGAACAAAAGAAAUAAGGCAGCAGUUUUUAAAAUUCUUUAACCAUGUGAAAGUCUUACCACAGUAAUUCAGUGAUGUACGC